CCCUCAGGUUAAGAGGAUUAAACUGCAGAGAUUGAACACCGUGACUCUGCCUUUCUCUGAGCAUUCCUUGAAAUGGCAUACUCAAAUUACGGGAAGAAUUUCUUUGAGGGACCAUUAGAAGAAGAAAAUGUGAUUCUUACAUUGUAUCCAGUUAAUGAGGAAAUUAUUGAAGACCAUCAAGUGGAUCCAGGUGUUUCUUCAACUUCAGAAGUCAAAGAGGCACCGAAUACAAAUGAUCAAGUUCCUAUUCCUCAAAUAAAUGAGCUUGAGGAAGAUUGUCCAAGCUCCAGCUUUAGAAGAUCAGUUUGCCCCUUGCCGACCACAUUGCCUCCAAUUAACGAUGUGAGUCGGGACACUCUGCGGUACUGGUGCCAACAGCUUAAGCUGAGUACCGACGGCCAGAAAAUAGAAGUUUAUCGGAGACUCCAGGAACAUGCUUAUCCUGAAAAAGAUCAGUAUAUUCCUAAAUCAUCACGGGAGGCCCGAAUGCACUCGUGUUCAAGGAAACACAACGUGGUGACCAAGGGAGGAAGCGUACAGAAAAGGAAGAUGAGGAAGGGUGAGGAACAGACCAGCGUGGUUGAGGUGGUAACUUCAGCUCAGGCGGCCAUGCUGGCAGCGUGGUCAAGAAUUGCUGCAAGGGCUGUUCAACCAAAGGCUGUGAAUUCACGUGCCCUUCGUACCUCUGAAUCCUUUCUGCCGCAAGCCUCAGGUGUCCGGUGGUGUGUGGUCCAUGGCAGACCGCUCUUGGCAGACACAGAGGGUUGGGUUCGCCUGCAGUUCCAAGCAGGUCAGGCCUGGGUGCCCGAUACCCCCAGGAGGAUGACCUCUCUCUUCAUGUUACCUGCCUGCAUUUUCGCACCCCCAGACCUGGAAGAUAACCUGUUAUGCCCUGAAUGUGCUAAGAGGAAUAAGAAGAUUAUGAAAAGGUUAAUCGCAAUGGGGAGGAGGAAGAAAGCUGGUUUGGAUACACCAACAUCAUUGCUUUCAAAUGGGCCAUGUCUUAAGACAGACUAAGUGAUCACCAGAGGGGAAGGAAUGGGAGGUGGGGAAGUGGGUGAAGGGGUGAUUUUAUGGUAAUCAUGGUAACUAGAUUUUUGUAGUGUCAAAUAUCGAAUUACUGUGUCGCAUAUCUGUGGUGGGUGUGUGCAUGUGUGUGCUCAAUAGCUCAGUCCUUCAGUUGUGCU